AUAACGUAGACAGGCUGCCGGAAGCGUAGUCUUUCUCACGUUCCUUUUAUUUAUUAUCACGUUUUUAAAGACUGAAGAAUCUUCGGUCCGUUUCGUGAGAAUUUACAAUAUUGGAUCAUUAUUCUGCCGAGGAAGAUCAGUUUAAUCGUGGAGCAGAAACGACGUCUUUCGGUGACUUUAUCUCACACACGACAGAAAAGCAUCACAAACUGUAGGUGGGAUCACAACCUGAGCUCUGGCACCAUGAGGUGACGACUGUGGUGUGUUGUACUUUUGUCGAUGUGGACACAUGGCAAGGAUCACUCUGUCCUGCCUGCCGGCCUCCUGUUGGUGCAGCGUGUCCCUCUUUUCUCUGGGCUGUGCUCCCAGGCAGAGGCUCAUCCUGCUGCUCCUGCUGCUCAUCACCUCCACUGUCCUGCUCCUGGGAACCUACCAGAAGCAGCUGUGGGCACCUCAGCGGCUCCCAGGGGCCAGAGGCAACAAGUACCUGUCCAUAGCGGAGUCCAUGGAGGCGACUGACGUCAGAAAUCCCGUUCUGAAUUAUGGGAUUGUGGUGGACUGUGGCAGCAGCGGCUCUCGGGUGUUUGUGUACUACUGGGCCCCCCACAGCGGGAACCCCCACACGCUGUUGGACAUCAGACAGAUGAGAGACCGCGACCACAAGCCCGUCGUUAAGAAGAUCAAACCUGGUAUCUCCACGCUAGCCCACGCGCCGGCGUCGGCAAAUGACUACCUCCAUCCUCUCCUCAGCUUUGCAGCUGCUCACGUCCCCCCCAAAAAGCACAAGGAGACGCCGCUCUACAUCCUGUGCACUGCUGGCAUGAGGCUGCUGCCGGAGAGCAAGCAGGCGGCCAUCUUGGAGGACCUGGUCACUGACGUUGCUCUGGAGUUUGACUUCUUGUUUUCCCGUUCACAUGCUGAGGUCAUCUCUGGAAAACAGGAAGGUGUGUACGCAUGGAUCGGGAUCAAUUUUGUGUUGGGCCGCUUUGAUCAUGCUGAUGAGGCGGACGCCACAGUUGAGGUGACAACAGGGUUGCAGAACCAGCAGCCAAUCAGCAGGAGGCGCACAGUGGGCAUCAUGGAUAUGGGCGGAGCUUCCCUGCAGAUUGCCUACGAGGUGCCCAGUGCCAUCACGUUCGCAUCACCCCAAGAAGAGGAGGCAGCAAAGAGCGUGCUCGCCGAGUUUAAUCUGGGCUGUGAUGUGGAGCACACACAGCACGUCUACAGAGUCUACGUCACCACCUUCCUGGGCUUUGGAGGGAACAUGGCCCGGCAGCGAUACGAGGACCAGCUGCUCAACGACACAAUGACCAAGAACAGGUUGCUAACCACACAGAGCGGUCUGAGUGAGGACAAACCGUACCUGGAUCCCUGCCUGCCUGUCGGUCUGUCUGACACGGUAGUCCGGGACAACGUCACGUUGUACCUGAGGGGUCAGGGUGACUGGCCUCAGUGCCAGGAGGCUGUACGGCCCUUCCUGGGCCUCCACAACGGCACCAUGGCACCACGCGGCUUCUACCAGGCUCCAAUCAAUUUCAGUAACAGCGAGUUCUACGGCUUCUCUGAGUUUUAUUACUGUAUGGAGGACGUGCUGCGGAUUGGAGGGCAGUACCACAGCGAGAAGUACUCCCGAGCAGCCACGGAGUAUUGCGCCACCAAGUGGUCAACUCUGAAACAGCGGCUGGACAACAAGCUUUUCUCCCAGCAGGCUGAUUUCAGCAGACUCAAGUUCCAGUGCUUUAAGUCGGCCUGGAUGCACGAGGUUUUACACUCGGGUUUUCGAUUUCCCACCAACUACUCAAGUUUGCAAACCGCCCAGCUCGUUUACGACAAGGAGGUCCAGUGGACGCUGGGAGCCAUCCUGUACAAAACCCGAUUCCUGCCGCUCAGAGACCUGCAGCAGGAGACGUUACGUCAGACUCACCACGGCUGGCUGCGCUCCUCCUUCGUCUACAACCACCACCUGUUCUCCCUCUGCAUCCUGGUGGUGGUGCUCGCCAUCCUGCUCUACAUCCUGCGCCUGCGGCGGAUCCACCAGAGGGAGCAGCGCCAAGCCGAGGCCCUCAACCUCCUGUGGGCCGAGGAGGGAGAGAGUCUCCUCGCUUGAACCACUGGGCGAGUGCAACGACAAGAACCUGCAGGGUCCGUGUCCAGAUCAGCCCUGGAGUUUCUGUCAUCGUGGUAACACGAUGGUCUUAUUUAAUGAUGUGUGUGGCAGCUGAGAGUUUGAGGACAGAAAAGGGAAAAGCUCAAAACUCGUUUGAACUUUGGAUGGAAAAAAAAAAAACCUUCUGCACUACAAACUCUUCAUGACCAGUUUCUUUAAACAUUCUGCUCAAGUAAACCUGCUGAGUCUAACGGACUUUGCGCUAGUUCAUGUUUUCAGCGUGCAAUCUGUAGUUUGUGGGUUUCAUCAGUGGACAUACUUUUCAGUGGUUCUGGGUCUGCGGGGGGCGGAGCUUGCAGCGGUGAAAGCCAGCGAUUGCUCAGAUGCUAGUACUCAAUCAUCCAGCCCCGCCCUCUGAAAAGAGGGUCUGGAUCCAUGUUUGGUUAUCGACUGUGAGGAGGCGGUAACCGAGCCACGGAUUUCUAAACGUGAACAAUGGCAGCUGAUUGGCUGAGAGCUGCUGCGCCACAAUUGUGAUGCGAUUGUCGCACUUAGAGUACAAGAUUAUUUUGGCCAUGAAAACUGGAAGAAUCAUCAAAUAUGGAAUAUUUUAAAAGCUAGAUGUUGUGGUUAUUGUUGAAAACCAGAGAAAAUUGUUGCUCAGUUGUUGCAGCUUCCUGUAGACCACAGCGCCCUCUGGUGGUGUGGUGGUAUGUCUGAUUCCAGUGGAGUUCUCACAGACUCCGCUCGAGGUGCUUGUGAAAGAACUAGAGCACCGACUCAUGAUAGAACGCAUUCGUAUCAUAAGUCUGCCACCAGGUGGCGCCAUCAGGCAUCACUCAGGUCCAGAUGUGCUUCCCAACAAUGCAAAAAGCAGUACAUGAAUUUAUCUUGGCAAAAUUAUGAAAAUAAAUUCACUAGCAGCAUUUAACUACAAAUGGAUUUGAGAUGAAAGUAGAUUUUCUCGACAAUUUGAACUGGAAAAUGUUCGUCUGUGCAAAAACUUUGUAAAUCUGUUGUGCAUGUUUGGGAAGACAAAUAUUUCAAAAUCGACGGCAGAACUUUGCUAUUAAACUGGAACAAAAUUCGAAAAUAUUUUACUGCAUUUAGUAAUACAACCUGUUUCAAGUGCAGCAGUUUUUUUUAUUUAAAAAAGUUGACGUUGCCCAUUUGGUCGCACUACUUCCUCAUUUUCUGCCGUUUAUCUAAAUCCAGAUUGCAGUGGAAUUAGACGAAGCAGCUCAUCCCACGCUUCCCUGUCCUCAGCUAAAUCAGUGGUCUCUCUUUUUCAAAAAAAAAUUAAAUCAAAGUAAACUUAGAGCUGUUUUCAGUUAUCUAUUCCACAGCCGUACUGUUAAAAGCUACAGUGUGUCGUGUUUCAGGGGCUUUUAUUAGCAGAAAUGUCGUAUAGAAUUCAUAACAAUUAUUAUUGUUUCUUGAGUUUAGAAUUAAUCUUUUGUCUACACGUGAGAGUUCCCCCUCAUAGAGGCCACCGUGUUGAUACAGUAGCCCAAAAGGGACAUAGUUAUAUGGCUUUUUGCUGGUUGCUAGUGUGGGCUAACGACUGAGAACCGUUUUAGUCAAAUGGAGACUCAUACAUGUUCCUUAUCACAAGAAAAUGCCAGAGAGCCGGAACCCUCGUCGCCAAAGACACAAAAAAGUGAACGGAAACAAAAUUAGAAUCUGGAACAACAAAACACAGUCUGCAGUCUCACCACUAGAGGACGCUAAAGCACACACACUGUGGCUUUAUAUUCCCGUAAUAUUGCCAAGACACUUCCAUGUCACUGUUAGCGUGCAUGACGGCGCUUCAAAGCCUCAUCGCUUUAAAACAUGAACGCGUUUCUCUUUACUGUUUGUGAAUUAUAUGUAGAAAAAGAGAUUAAUCGCAGGGAGACAGAGGAUGAAAAGUUUUAACCACACAGUCGGUACUUUGUGUCCUAAAAA